GCGGUUACACAUGAACCAAUAACUGGACGCCAAAGGAAUCGUAGCCUAAAUAUAUGUAUAUUUAAAUAAAUAAAUAAAUAAAAUCUGAAUUACGAUAAAUGAAACAUUUUUAUUUUAUCUUAAAAGUGGAUAUUUACUGAAGAUGAAGAAAACUACUUCACAUCAAGCCCUGAAACGGUCAUUUGAAGUGGAGGAUGUGGAUUCCUCCACGCACUCCUCAUCACCUCAUACACGGCGGGCACCAUCCAAUGUUCAGCGUUCGGCCAUGUCCCCAACCAGUGGGCGGUAUUAUGAGCUGGGCUCCAAUGGUACCAAGCCCCCUGACACCUCAAAGCCGAAAGCUCGAACCCCUGAACCUGUGUCACGUAGGACAGAGCUAGGCUUUGACAUCUCAUCCAACAACAAUGGCAAAGCUACUGAAAGCUCUUCCAGUCCUGGCAUGGCUCGAUUUGGACUAAAGAGGCCAGAUGUCUUGAGCCACAGUAAGACCUCUGAGACACAGAAGCACUCAGUCACCUUCAGCAAGACACUGGAGACCAUUGCCCCCAUCACACGUGCAGCAUCUACCAUCAUUCCACACGCCAGUGCUAAACUCCCAGAGACCACCUUCAGGAAAAGCGAACCACCGAGCUCUGCAGACGGAUCAGCAAGAAAGCCUGAAAUCAGUGUCACCAAAUCAACAGACAACAAAGGUCAUGACAGUCUUCACCACCCACCAGUUACAACAAGGUGUCCAUCACCUAAUCACGUCGGACGGAAAUCCCCUAGUUCCGACGGGCAUAGGCCAGAGGUCAUUACAAGUUUUUACGGCAAUAUGGCAGAUGUAGGAAAAACGCCUGUGGCACGGAAUGAGAAGACGAACAGCGAAUUUGGCUAUGUGGGCAUCGAUGCCAUUUUGGAACAGAUGAGGAGGAAAGCCAUGAAACAAGGCUUUGAGUUUAACAUCAUGGUAGUGGGUCAGAGUGGUCUGGGUAAAUCCACGUUGAUGAACACACUUUUUAAAUCUAAAGUGAGUCGCAGAUCUGUGAUGACAACGGAAGAAGAGCGAAUUCCCAAGACUAUCGAAAUCAAGACCAUCAGUCAUGAUAUUGAGGAGAAAGGAGUGAGAAUGAAGCUGACUGUCAUUGACACUCCAGGUUUCGGAGAUCAGAUAAACAAUGAGAACUGCUGGCAGCCCAUCAUGAAGUUCAUUAAUGCACAGUACGAACAGUAUUUACAGGAAGAGAUCAACAUCGACAGAAAGAAGAGAAUUCCAGACUCACGAGUCCACUGCUGCAUAUAUUUUAUUCCUCCUACUGGACACUGUUUGCGGCCAAUUGACAUUGAGUUUAUGAGACAUCUAAGUAAAGUGGUGAACAUCGUUCCUGUUAUUGCCAAGGCAGACACACUUACCCUGGAGGAGAGGGACUUCUUCAAACAGAAGAUAAGAGAGGACUUGCGAGCCAAUGAAAUCGACAUCUAUCCUCAAAAGGAGUUUGAUGAGGAUGCAGAGGACAGAAUGAUUAAUGAGAAGAUCAGGGAGAUGAUCCCAUUUGCUGUGGUGGGAAGCGAUCAAGAAUAUCAGGUCAACGGAAAAAGACUUCUGGGCAGAAAAACAAGAUGGGGGACAGUAGAAGUUGAGAACACCGCACACUGCGAGUUUGCCUACUUGCGGGACCUGCUAAUCAGAACUCAUAUGCAGAACAUCAAAGAUAUCACAAGCAGCAUCCAUUAUGAGAUGUACCGCGUACGCAGACUCAAUGAGAAUAACACGCAUCCAAACGGGCAGUCAGCAAUCAACGCCAAUGGCGUACUUGAGCAUGAAGUCCUCUCCCAUGAGAUGUAGACCAUUCAUUCAUCCAUCCAUCCAUCAAUCAGUCCACCCAUCUAUCUUUUUUGUCCUUUAAUCCUUUAAUUUUCAACAACCUCUUCCUCAGUUCAUUCUGCCUUCAUCAUUUUGCCUGGCUGUCUCUGUUGACUGUUGUUUUAUAACACCAAAAAUAUUUCCUAUCUGUUGAAUAUGAAUCUUCAUGCGUGUAGCAAAAUGUGAUGUUCUGUAAUGAGAGUUUUAUUAAAGAUGUGUUACUAUGUUUUUUCAGUGUUCUCAUUUAUAUUAACAGCUCAGAACUCAGAAAAAAAUGACAUCUGUCAGAAGUUCAACAUACCAUAAUGCUUGAAGCUCUCUAUCAUAACAAAUAAGUGGUUAAAUUGCAAUUUGAACAAAAUCAUACUUUAUGGCUUUAUGGCUAUUGAAUAUAAAACAAGGGUCUCUAGAGCAUAAAACCACAAAUAAAUGACCUUUUUCACUAUUUAAAAAUAUAAAGGAACAAAGAAAAGUGGAAAAAAAUCUAUGGUUUAUUACAGAACUUCUGACUGUGCAGUCACUCACUUUCAGGCAAGAGUUUUGAUCCUGAUUAAAGCGUUGUAUGAAUAACAUUUUAGCUGAGUAUAAACAUAAUGCAGUUUUAGUAUCCCCCUUGUUGUAGUGACUCUACCCUGUGUGGUAUCUUUACCGAUCUAUAAAAUUCUCAUGUGCUUUGUGCUAUGUUUGCAUUUUUUUUUUAAACAUUGUUCAUUUAUUUUUUCAUUGUAAUUAUUGUUGUGCUUUUUAAUUGUAAAGGCCUUGUCAUACUUAUGUGAAAUUAAAUGUUCUUUUUGUUUUAAAAAAACAUUUUUGGAUUUGUAAAGGGUUAUGUAUUUAUAUACAGCAUUGUGUUACCCGAAUGUUACAGUGUGGCUUUUGUAGGUCAAAUGUUUAGAAUUCCAGAAUAGCACCACAGUGACCCAAAGCACCUGUACUUACCUUUUUUUUUUUUUUUUUUUUCAGUUAUCAGUAUUCAGUAAAGCAAGUCCUGAGCCAUUCUGUUCUCUAUAUUCUAUAAUAUACAUGUGACCAUGAUUUGUUGAUAGAUGUAUUUCAUGUUGUCAGUGAAAACCAUACAGUUACCCCUAAACAUUUUUGGACACUUAAGGCACAUUUAAAAGUGCAUUGAUGUCUUUACAUUAUUUACAGUAGCAAAAUAUCAAAACAAGUUGCAUUUCAACAUAUUCAUUUAUUAAGUGUUUUUUUUUUUUUUUUCCUCAUUUCAAAAUAGGUGAUAGAACAUUUUUGAUAAUUCAUACAUUUUGUUCUGUGACAAGUGUCCAAAAUUGUAAAAAUAUUUUCUGGGCUAAUAUUUGAAUAAUAUGGGAGAAGAUGAAUAAUAUAUGCCAGCUGUUUUUAAUAUAUGAGACAUAUGCUAACCAUUUUUCUAUUGAAGGAAAAAUUCUGACCAUGUGGACAACAUUUAUAUACUUACUUAGUUGUUACUUAUAUUUCCAUUUUAAAAGAUUGUUUUUUUUUUGUUUUUUGUUUUUUGUUUUUUGUUUUGUUUUUUUUUAAGCAAAAGUUAAUGCAUACUGCUUAAAAAUGGGGACAGUUUAGAUUCUUGCCUCAGGUUCCUAAGUCCCACCCACUGCUGCCUAAUUAUUUGCAUAACAUUUGAAAAAUGACAUGGUUGUCUCUGUCCUGGGUGUCAGAAAAUUAUUGGUGUCAGUCAUGCUAUUUUGUAGCCAUAAUGAAUGGAAACCACAUAUCCUAGUCUCUUAUAAUGUUCUAUUCAACCCAUAUUGAGCAAUGUUAUGCCCCGAAUGGCCAGAAAUAUUCUAUACAUUAAAACAGAUUAUUUUAUGAAUAUUGUACACCCACUGUAUUUUGUUGUAGUAUAAGGUAAGAUUUAUCUUACUAUUGUAGAUUUGGAAAAAAUAAAGAUUGCUAUUUUU